UAUCGAUAAGGCGUAUUUCUCCUGGCUGGAGUGUUUUCUGCUGGGGAAAUGGACAUGCGCUGCCAACAGUAUCGUUUAGAAGCGGCUCACGUAUUUAUUUAAGCGGUGCGAUUUGUCCAGCGCGUUUGUAGGGCAUCGGAUGCUGGGAAAUGGGCCGUGCAUGGGAAUAGCAAGACCGUUAUAACCGCUUCUGCACAAUUAAUGUUACGGAUACCGGGAAAUGAACCACGAACUGGAUACCGUCCAUAAGAGGAGCCGGCAGCGUCAAUUUAUGAUAUGUUUCAUCUGAUUUGAAUGAUAACAUCGAUAUUCUGUAUUUAUGGCCGUUCUGUCAUCAUGAUAUCGGGUGUGUAAAAGGGGCGCGCGCGCGUGAGCCGCAUCCGCGCGAGGUGUGCAUCUCAACAUGACAGUAACAUCCAGACAAGGAAGGAUACCGAGCAGGAAGACCUGUGUCUAUCCGGGGGACAUUUUAUCAGGGUUGGAUGGCCUGUCCUGAAUAAGAAACAAGUGAAAAUGGAGAGUUCAAGGAUGGUCCCGCGGCGUCUGCUCGGAUGUUGUGUGUUUCUGGUCGCCGCUGUGAUGCUGGUGGGCUUUACGGUGACACUCAGCACACACAAUGCAGUGGAGCUCCCAUCUGACAUGUCCAGAAGGAGCGUCAAUCAACUUCCGACAAGAACACGCUCACCUCCUGCCUUAUCUUCAUCAUCAUCUUCAUCUCCUCGUCGAUCUGAAAGGACCAGGCGUCCAGCACACUCGCCUCCAGGUACCAAACACCCCUCAUCAUCCCCAGGUCACCAUGACAGUGCCUCCAGCAUAGAUCCCACCCCGUCCCUUGCCUCUGAAGGGUCGGGUAACCUAGGCGAUGGGGCCCAAGGCAUCCACUUGCUGUUACGUCCACCAGAUCUACUCACGCCCAGCCAGAUGCCACCUCUGCGGGACGACAGACUCCCUACGCCAGCCCCACCCACCCUAGUGCCACCCGAAGACUUAUAUCCAAUCCACUCGGCGGAGGUGGACUGGGGAUCUGGAGACUACCUGGAAACUCUUACAUUCAUGGGAUCUGAAGGAGAGGAGUUUUCACUGGUCACCACAUUACCGACGCAUGGAUAUGAUCCAUACGAUUCUGACGAAGACGCCACGGUGAGCUACAACACGGCUUUCCCUUCCCGUCCCGUUCUUCCUCUCUCAUCCAGACACCUCCAGCCCAGCGCAACCAUAAAAUAUGGGACAAAUCUAAGGACCGCCCAUCCUACUGAUCCCCGCCUCCCAUUGGCUCCUGACUCUGAUAGAGACGAUGAUUUAGAUUUCGAUUGGGCGGAGUUGUUUCCUAUUGAGCCGACUGAAAUGCUGCUUCCUGACAUGAACAGUUUGGAAUACUACAACACAUUGCAAGCCAAAGAGAACGCUAGUGUUGCGAGGAAUAAGACGCAUCCUCAUAUUACUCCCACGCACACUUUGGGACCCACCGACAGUCCUACUGGAAUUUUGGGAAAAGUCCCAGAUCAGGUUGACGGGAUAACUCAUCAACCGGUUCCAUCUGAGAAACCUACAAAACCUCUCAUCCCAUUGAGCACUGAGACCCAGCGACCUCCAAAAGCUCCGGAGAAGGGUUUUCCUUCCAUACCCACAUCCCAUAUGGGCAAAACCAAACCAUCAGUGCCAACAGCGCCCCCUCCAGCCAGCAUCUCAGAGGGUCCAGUAAUACAAGCAGUCACACUGAAGCCCCCUGCUAUGAAACCCCGUACGACCACAGUCAAAACCAUCACCAGAACUACAACAACAACCACCACUACUACAAGCUCCACAAGCCUCUCCACCAAAAGCGCACCGCCUACAAUUCCCAAAAUUCAUCAGCCCAUUGCACCACGACAGAAUGUCUGCAACAUCAGCAAAUCAGAAAUGUACCUAGUCCGAGUGGGGAUGCCAAGUGGCUCAUCAGUGGAGUUUGCUAAAAAUCAUGUUCUUGAGAUUCUUCGACGAGAGUUUAACCGUUCGGUGGAGCUAAAGGUCCACAAAUAUCCACCCAAUUUUAUCUUCCGGGCUUUUUCUGGUCCAUUGGUCUACACUGCUGUGUCAGUCAUCAAUGCUCUCCGCCAACCAGUGCACAGCACAUCUUCUUCUACCAUUCUCUCUGUUACAACUAUAUAUGCAGUGCCUGAUUACAAACAUCAGGUCCACACAGUCCUGCAAUUUGUGCCGGGUCAUGUGGAUGUGCGUCUGUGUAGCUUUAGCGAGCGAGUGGAAAAGGGGCUCCUCAUGGCGUACGCGGAAGUGCGCAAACGCUCACAAGAAAAUGGAAAUUUCACAGUUCAUAUUGUGAAUAUAACUAGUAGCCUUCCGAAGGGUCAGCGUCCGCAGAAGGCUCCAGUGGACAUCACGUUUGCUGUGCGUGAUUCUCGUGGUUUUCUAACUGGAUCAGAUGUGAGCGGCCACAUGAGGCAGCUCAGCGCUGUGGAGUUCAGUUUCUAUCUUGGUUUUCCUACCCUGCAGAUCGCUGAACCUUUUCAUUAUCCUGAACUUAAUGUAUCCCACCUGUUACGUACAUCCUGGGUGAAAACAGUUUUACUGGGUGUGUUGGACCAGCGAGUGAACGAGAGGACCUUCCAGGCCAAAAUGGAACGGCGAUUAGCAUUGCUGGUUGGAGAAGGACUUGGGAUCGGAACGAACAAUCGACGAUGGAGAAGAUCUACUAGUGUUGGCAACAAUAGUGUACAGAUUGUGAGAGCGUCCCGUCUGGAUGGGCCUGACUAUCCGCUGGAGCUGGUGUAUUUUGUGGAGGAGGGCUCAGGAGAGAGACUGCCAGCCCAGGCCACAGCGGCCAUGCUGAACAGACUGAAUCUGCAGAGAGCCGCCAUCGUACUGGGUUACCGCGUACAUGGAGUCCUGGCCACACCGGUGGAAAAACUGCCCCUGCCGCCGUCUGAGACUCAGCCCAGUAACGUGUGGCUGAUCGUAGGAGUGGUGGUCCCAGUGCUGGUGGUGGUCCUCAUCAUCAUCAUCCUCUACUGGAAACUGUGCCGCUCGGAGAAGCUGGAGUUUCAGCCAGACGCCAUGAGCACCAUCCAGCAGAGACAGAAGGUCUGGGUCAAUGAGUGUGUGUAUGAAUGUUUUACCCACUCACAGACACCACUUGUGAAGGAGUUGCAGCCUCCCAGCGUUAAAGGCUUUGAUUUUGCGAAGCUGCAUCUGGGGCAGCAUAGUAAGGAUGACAUCAUGGUAAUUCAGGAACCCGCCCCGUUACCACCGUCUGUCAAAGAGGCCACACCUUCAGAGGGCGGAGAAUUGAAUACACCUAAAUCGAAGAGCUCGUCUACGAAAGCAUCACGUGCAGCACGGAGGAGAGGCCGGUUGUCUCCAUCUGAUGGUGAUUCUUUAGGAAGUGAAGCAUCCAGUGGCAGAGAAUCAGCAGAGGAGAGCACCAGACCUGCUGUGACGCCCAGUGACAGCAAACCCCAACAUCGCAAGAGCAAGCAUGCUAAAAACAAACUUGGUGCUCAGCCUGGAAGCGGUGUGGAUGAGCAGUUGUCCUCGUCGUCCAUAUUUGAGCAUGUGGACCGUGUGUCUCGAGGGUCGUCAGAUGGAACACGCAGGGUGUCCAAUAAGAUACAGCUUAUCGCCAUGCAGCCCAUGCCGAGCCCACCCUCACAUCCACAUAACCAAUCCCUGAGUCCCAAUCUGACAGACAAGAUUCCUGACGGAGCAAAUGUCAAUAGUGAGAUCCAAGUGGCCUUGAGGCAUAAAUCUGAGAUCGAACACCAUCGCAAUAAGAUCCGCCUGCGUGCCAAGCGAAAGGGCCACUACGAGUUCCCCUCCAUGGAGGACAUCAUGGCAGCGUUCGGCGACAGCUCCGAGCAGCAGCGAGUGUAUCAACAAGCUCAGGAGCAGAUACACAAGAUCCUGCAUCCUGACGAGCACACACAUUCGUCAUGCGGAGAGCCGCGCAAGAGUUCCAGAGGAAGACGCUCGCCCAGACACAGGCAGAGGCAGCAGAAUUUGAGUGGAAGCGGAAGUCUGAGAGACAAAGAUCGCCUCAUUUCUGACCGAGACGCCACCUACAGGAAGUACCCUGGGGUCAACAACGUAGCCUAUGUGUCCGACGCAGAUCAGCUUCCAGAUGCUGGAAGUCCUUCUCCUACUGAUGAGGUAUUUUUAGACCCAGGAUCACCUCCGUCUGGCCCCGCCCCUUCACCACCUCCCUACGUCCCUCCUCAGCCAACCAUUGAAGAAGCCCGGCAGCAGAUGCACUCCUUAUUGGACGAUGCUUUUGCUCUGGUCUCGCCCUCUUCUCAAGGAAGCCCUGCUCCUCUAACGUUCACCGGCGUUACGGCGGACACUGGCGUCGGAGGAAUCAGCCCCGGUCAACCCUCCAGCCCGUCUCCACGCCCUGCACGCCAAUGGGGCUCCUCUUCUUACCCAGCAGCCCCUGCACACAGCCCUUUCUCCGCUAGGUAUGCAGAGCUAGGAAUGUCUCCCACAUCGGUCCAGGGUUUACUGCAGAGGCAGGCACAGGGCUCUGGCUAUCUGGCGUCUGCAGAGAUGCAGUCAGAUCCUGGGUACUCUAGCAGGGGGCAAUAUGGAGAUGAGAUGCCAUCGUCCUCUCGACCACGACCAGUAGGGGGCAGCGCAGGUGCGCAGUUGCAUCAGUUGACACAAGUGGGCUUGUCAAGUCGGAUUGGAUUGUAUCCUGGAGUUGGCCGUAGUGUUUCUGGACCCUCAGGAUCAAGCUGGGCUCAGUACCGCUCAGAUGAGGAGAUCUCUCGACCAGGAUCCAACCGAGAGGCUAUAAUGACAUUCCCAGAAUACUCUUCAUCACCAGUAUUCCAGAUGCCCAGGACGUCCCUGCAGGAUUCUGCACCACCCCAGUCCCAUCUGGAAGCCUCUAACGCGGGUUACAUCGCCCCAGAAGAGCACUCUCCACCACCUCACUCCUCCGCCUCUCUCAUCAAGGCCAUCAGGGAAGAACUGCAGAGACUUUCUCAGAAACAAGUUGCUGUCGUCAGUUACCACAGUUGAGAAAGACCAUCCCAACACCCCAGUCCUGGUAAACUUCCCAAUAUACUACUUUAAAAAGAAAGAAAAAAAAACUCACAAGUCCCAAACCCAAUGUCCGAGAAGCUGCUUUACACAAAACCCGAACCAAAAUCUUCAAAUUCAAGUACGGCUGGUCUGUUACACAUGAAGAAAUACUAGCAAUCUUCCAUACUGGUAUUGCCAGGAGAUUUCGAUUUCACUGCUGACAUGCAGAAAAUAAACUUCAAUAAUGUUAACAAAGAACAAAACUCACCCUAAAACAAAAAAAAGUCCAGACUGUUUAGACGAAUAGACAAUUGUGCCCCUUAUUCAGACUCUCAUUUUGCAUGCUGAGAGCUGUGAACCUUCAAGACUUAGUGCUGACUGUUGCUAAUGUGAAAAUCCCUCCCCUUCAGUUCCACGUCUCUCAAAGUGCUUCCUCCAAAUGGCUCAUUUUCACGUCUCUGGACUUCCUCUGGUGCUAAAACUCAUUCCUGGAUUCAUUUCAUGAUUCCGCAGAUCGGCCCAGCCCUGGCGUUUUUUUUUUUGCUUUAGUCGCUUUCAUAUUCUCUCAUCUAUUCAAGAUGGCUAAUCAAGUGCUCUGUUCCUAAACCCAGUGAGCUGCCCUAAGGUUGCCAUUUUAAUUACGUUUCCUUAUAAGACACCAUUUUAAUUUUAAGCCAAUUUCUAUGGCAGCAAUCCACAUUUCCUUUAAACCAACAUGAAAAAUACUAUAGUAGUUUAUAGCGAAUGGUAUAGUGUUUUUUAACCAUACUAUGGUAAAGUACUUGAAUUCAUCUGUUGGGGUAAUUCUAUAAUUGCUGUGAUAAAACAGUAGCUAUAGUAGCAUAAACAAACCACCCAAAUUAACAAGUUUUUAAAAAAAAAUUCAUUAUACCACAAUACACCACAGUUUACCGUAGUAAAAGCUAAAACAUACUGCAUACUUUCAGUUCACUAUAGUUAAUACUACAGGAUGCUGGGGAAUUUAUUUACAAAGGGUUGUAAAUGCUAUUAUACAGUAUAAUACACUUUAUUACAGUGUGGUUUAGUAUUUACUAUAAAUUACUAUAGUAUUUUUUUAAUUUGAGAAAAGACAAGCACAAGAAAUGUUGAUUAUAAAGAUAUAUUUUACCGCAUAACAUUCAUAAAAACUUCAAAUGUUUUGUUUUACCCAGGAUUUGCAAGAUCUGUGACAUUUGAUUUAGAGUACCAUGCUGUUAGCAAAGUAAGUAAGUAAGUAAGUAAUGUGGAUUUAUAUAGGGCAUUUAUCGUGUAUGGCCAUACACCCAAAGCGCUUUAUGGGGGGGUCUCUCCACACCACCACCAGCUUAGCAACAUGCUAAUGUCAAACUAUAGAUAGGGUGAAAGAAAUGUUAUAUAAAAAUAAAUGUCAUUAGAGUACGUUAGAGUACCGCGCUGUUAGCAACAUGUUAAUGUUUAUAAAUGGUCUAAUAUGAAUAAAUGAAAAUACAUUUAAUUAGAGUAGAUUAGAUUAGGGGCAGCAUGGUUGCUCAGUGGUUAGCACUGUCGCCUCACAGUAAGAAGGUUGCUGGUUCGAGCCCCGGCUGGGCCAGUUGGCAUUUCUAUGUGAAGUUUGCAUGUUCUCCCUGUAUUCGCAUGGGUUUCCUCCGGUUUCCCCCACAGUCUAAAGACUGUGUAGCCUAUGUCCUGGUCCUCUAGGCUCAGGGUUGAGCGGUGGACCAAUGGCCCACCUCAUAAAAAUUAGAUGUUACGAAACACCAACAUGGUGUGGCUAAAUAUCAACUUCGAUAUAAACGGCCCAGAGAGUAAGCAAGUAGGCCUAAGUAAACUAAAUUUCAUCAGACAACAGUCAUAAUGUAUAGUUUUAUUUACCAUUUACAAGUUUAUUUUACAUGUAGUAGAGUAAUACGUCAUUAGUAAAGUCAUGCAACAUUAGCAGCAUACAUAUGACAAACUAAAUAGGGCAAGUGAAAGAAAAUAUGAAGUUAUAAAUAUAUAAAGUUAUAUUCCAUUCAUUAAUGUUUUUUAAAAUGUACAAUUUUGCACAAGAUUUGUGAAUUUUAUGCAUUUUUAUACCUGUUAGAGUUAUUAGCUUAGCAACAUGCUAAUGUAAAACA